AGAGUCCGGAAGAGCGUGAGGGAGUCCCAGUGUGUGGAAGGGGUGGUGAUGGCUGCAGCGAUGGAAACUGAGCAACCUAACAUUGAGGUCUUUGAGACUGCUGCUGCAAGUGCUGCUGUGGACAUUGAAGACUUGGAGGAGUUUGAGCCAUACUAUGUGGAGAGGUACUCCUGGAGUCGCUUAAGGAAGUUAAUCACUGACAGCAGGAAGCUGCAUGGGCACAUGAUGGCAAAACCUCCUCAUGAUUUUUAUUUUGUAAAGAAAAAUGAUCCUGAAGGGCCUCAUUCAGAUAGGGUCUAUUAUCUAGCCAUGUCAAAUGAAAACCGGGAAAAUCGAUUGUUCUACUCUGAAAUUCCUCGUGAGAUAAAUAAGGAUGCUGUCCUGCUGCUGUCAUGGAAACCUCUGCUAGAUUAUUUUCAGUCUGUUCCUGACUAUGGAAUUUAUUGCCGUGAAGAAGAGCUGUUACGGGAAAGGAAGAGAAUCGGAACAAUUGGAAUUGCAUCAUACGAUUUCCACAAAGAAAGUGGAAUGUUCCUGUUCCAGGCGAGCAACAAGAUCUAUUUCGCGGUGGACGGUGGUAGCUCAGGCUUCACUAAUGAGCCAUUAAAUCCUUUACCAGUGAAAACAAGCUGUUCCAACAUCAGGAUGGAUCCCAAAAUAUGUCCCGCUGAUCCAUCUUGGAUUUCAUUCAUCCACAGCAAUGAUUUGUGGAUCUCUAACAUUGAAACUGGGGAAGAAAGACGACUAACAUUUGCACAUAAAGGUUUGCCCAACUUAGAGGAUGAUCCCAAAUCUGCAGGAAUCUCCAGCUUUGUACUCCAGGAAGAGUUUGACCGGUACACAGGGUACUGGUGGUGUCCUUUGGCUGAGGACACUCCAGAUGGGGGAAAGAUCUUCAGGAUACUUUAUGAAGAAAAUGAUGAGUCAAAUGUUGAAAUUAUCCACGUGACUUCACCCAUGCUUGAAACACGAAGGUGUGAUUCAUACAGGUAUCCACGAACGGGAACUCUAAAUCCAAAAAUAACUUUCAAGGUGUCCGAAGUAACAAUAAAUGCUAAUGGAAGGAUUGCGAAUGUCAUCGACAUGGAAUUGGUCCAACCAUUUGAGGUUCUUUUUAAUGGAACGGAGUACAUUGCACGGGUUGGAUGGACUCGAGAAGGAAAAUAUGCCUGGGCCAUCCUGUUGGAUAGACCCCAGACCAGGCUUCAGAUUGUUCUGAUUCCACCUGCUUUGUUUAUCCCAGUGGUGGAUGAUCCAGUGAAACGGCAGGAACUUGUGGAAUCUGUGCCUGAUAGUGUAAUGCCAUUGAUUAUCUAUGAGGAAACAACAGACAUUUGGAUAAAUGUGCACGACAUACUGCACAUAUUUCCUCAGGUGAAAGAGAAUGAGAUUCAGUUCAUUUUUGCCUCUGAGUGUAAGACUGGUUUUCGACACCUUUACAAAAUUACAACCAUCUUGGAGGAGUGCAAGUAUAAAAGGUCCUGUGGAGGCUACCCUUCUCCAGACGAUUUUAAAUGCCCUAUUAAAGAAGAAUUACCUUUGACGGGUGGAGACUGGGAAGUGCUCGGGAGACAUGGCUCUACGAUAUGGGUCAAUGAAACUACCCACUUGGUGUAUUUUCAAGGUACUAAAGACACACCUUUGGAGCACCACCUUUAUGCAGUGAGCUACGAAUGUCCCAUGGAGAUUGUACGACUGACACAGUUAGGCUACUCUCAUAACUGUUUUGUUAGCCAGAACUUUGAUAUGUUUGUCAGCAAGUACAGCAACCAGGACCAUCCACACUGUGUACGUGUCUUCCGACUGACUGGAUCAGAAGAAGCCGCUCUUCACAAACAGGGAGAGUUCUGGGCCACAAUGCUGGAGUCUCCAGGUUGUCCUCCAGAUUACAUUCCUCCAGAGAUGUUCAGUUUUCACAGCAAGUCCGGGUAUAUAUUGUAUGGAAUGAUGUUCAAACCACAUAAUCUACAACCCAGAAAAAAAUACCCCACCCUGCUUUACACGUAUGGUGGCCCUCAGGUGCAGUUAGUAAACAAUCGCUUUAAGGGAGUUAAAUAUCUGCGUCUGAACACUCUGGCAGAGCUCGGUUAUGUUGUGGUCGUCAUCGAUUCCAGGGGAUCCUGUCACAGAGGCCUUAAAUUUGAAGGUGCCUUGAAGUACAAGAUGGGUCAAGUAGAAAUUGAAGACCAGGUGGAAGGGCUACAGUAUUUGGCUGCCAAGUAUAGCUUUGUUGACAUGAAACGUGUUGCAAUUCAUGGUUGGUCAUAUGGAGGUUAUCUGUCGCUUAUGGGUCUAGUGAGGAGACCAGAAAUAUUUAAGGUAGCCAUAGCUGGAGCCCCUGUGACACUGUGGAUCUUCUAUGAUACUGGAUACACAGAACGCUAUAUGGGUUUCCCAGAUAAAAAUGAGAGUGGCUAUGAUAUUGGAUCAGCAGCAAUGCAAGUUGACCGGUUUCCCCUUGACCCCAAUCGGUUGCUGCUCUUGCAUGGGUUCCUCGAUGAAAAUGUUCAUUUUUCUCAUACUACAGUACUGCUUAGCUUCCUCGUUCGAGCAGGGAGGCCGUAUGACUUGCAGGUGUAUCCCCAAGAGCGGCACAGUAUUCGUGUUCCAGAGUCUGGUGAACAUUAUGAACUGUAUCUGCUGUACUAUCUUCAGGAGAACCUGGCUUCCCAGAUUGCAGCAAUGAAGUAAAAGAUGAUGUGUUACUUUUGAGACUUCCCAUCUCAGCCAACAACUCAAUGCAAUAGGUGUCAGAAGAGAGACACUGCUCCUGUUAAUAGUGAUCUGCUCUCCCCCACCGUCCCAUACGUCGCUACUUGUGUUUAUUUUCUUUUCAAGUAAUCAUAACCUCUCUGAUCCUUUUCAUGCGGUGUCAGCUGUCACUCAAUUUCAGUAAGAGCAACAAUUGAACUCACCCCACCUAUCCAUAAGCAUCCCUUCUCCAUUGCUCACCACUAACACAUCUAUAACUUGUGGCUUGUAUUUCCUCAGCACCAUCCUCAGCUUCCUAAUCCUUGCACAAAAUUGGGUCCUGCAAGCUCCCACCCUCUCCCUCCCAUAAUCUCACUAAUAGUGCCUGACAAUCACUUUCUGCUGUUUGUACCAAGACUGUAAAAUACAACCCAUGAUCACAGAAACUUUACUUUCCAAGGGCAUGUUACGGGCAUUAAGGGUGAUUUCUUCUGAUGAAUGUGUGUAUAUCAGUAAAUAUUGAAAAUGCAGCAAUUUUCCUUCUAUUCUGUGUUGCUUGCUCUUUGAUUCACCACUAGAACUCAGCAUCUUUUGAAACCUUUCCCGGUGAGUUGAUCAGAUUUAGUGAGACUUGCCCAUUUGCUUCUGGUGGCCAGCUCUUCAGUUCUGCUUUUCAUUAUAACAGCAUCUGCUCCCAGUGCUGCUGUUAAUUUGCUUAAUGACCAUAAAACAGUAAUUACUGUAUUUGCACGGAUUGUGGCGUAAAUGGAAAUGAUUGUGAAACAUUUUUGAGCACUUUAUGUAACAGUAAUGUUUAGAUUAAUGUCUUAAACAGUACCAUUUUUAUUACUUAAAAGAAAAUCUGGUCAUGAAUUAUUUAUUCUCUUUCAGAUACAUGUUGAAAGGGUUUUAGCAAUGCCAGAUUUGUUUAGAUUUUCGGAUGCAGUAUCCAUAAAGAAUUGUAUGUAUUCUGUGAAGUGGUAACAAUGUACAGGAGCAGAUAUCUGGAAGGGAGGUUGCAUGUUCAUGAGUGGAACACGGACAUGAAGCAGGUGGCAGAAGGCUUGAAUUGGGCAUAAACUCUGACAGAACCCUGUUGGAUCCAACAGUCUGUUCCUCUGCUCUCAAUACUAUGUACUGCCAGUGAAUUUGUGGAAUUGUGGCCCAGAUCUGGGAUUGUUGGAUAUAUGAAUGUAUGACCCAGGGUGUGACUCCCGAAGUCCCAAUCUGUUGACUCCCAUUGAAAUUGCCCAGGAGAUUUGUGAUGAGCAAAUCCUCUGACACUAAACCUAUCCAGCUGGCUAACCAGAAAGUGGUAGAGAGUAAAAUCCUAGUUUUAACACCUGGGUAACAACUCAGAGAAACCCCACCUCCUGUCAUCCAUCCAUACAUCAGAACUAUCCCUCUGAGUUGAUUCAAUUAGCCCCAAACUCCUGAUCAACCAUAACUAGCCCUCACCAUGUGAUCAUAUCCUGACCAAACUCAACCAGUCCUUGCUAAUCUAACUAUCCCCACCACCCAACUAUCCCUGACUCAACCUGACUAGUCUCCACCCAUUGACCUUCUAAUUUGAGUAGUCCCUGACCUGACAAUGCCUGCCCUGCCCUGCCAACCCAACUCAACUAUCCUCUGACUACUGUAGGUGAAAGUGAGGACUGCAGAUGCUGGAGCUCAAAGUCUAGAUUAGAGUGGUGCUGGAAAAGCACAGCAGUUCAGGCAGCAUCCAAGGAGCAGAAAAGACAAUGUUUUGGGCAAAAGCCCUUCAUCAGGAAUCCUGACCUGCUGUGUUUUUCCAGCACCACUCUAAUCACCUACUACAGUGCCCACUGACCACCCUUACAAACCUACAGAUUCACCUGCUCACUAUUUGCAUACGCUCAUUCACUAACAUAUGAGAAGCUUUGGGACCUUUAAACCCUUACCGUAUUACAGCAGCCAGUGGUAUCAAAAAGGGCAUUGAUUCUGGGCUGAUUCUCUGCACUGCACUCAGAAUCCUGCAUUGGAAUUUUGGCUGGGGAAAGUUGCAUCCGGGUAAGUGGGUCAUUUCCUGUCUGACCAGCAUUGAACCCAGCAGUUCACUGGACUAAUUGGAAGUUUUGGGUUGAAGUGAGUGUAGAUUUCACCCUUUCACUGAAUUAUUAUGGGGCAAUACAAAUUCAUGGGUACUCCUUACCUGCUCGUCUGAAUGUAGCAUUCUCUCACAUCGACAGUCUACGCAGUGGAGUAGGAAUCUGCAUGUAGUGCUGCUUCGUUGACAUUACUGAAGAACUCUGUGUGGGCUGUAGCGGGUAGCAGCUCAUGGUACUACCGCCUCGCUGGACUCAAUGCAGGCUGCGCUAGCAGCAUUUUGUGUGAAUAAAUUUUUUUGCCAUUA